CCACUGAACUGAUCUCUGCGCGCUGGGAAAAGCCCCGUAAUCUUAAAGCAAUGGUUUGGCGCCUAUUCUCGAUCAAGAACCGAUUUCUGACUCUACGAACCCUAAUCCCCUCCAUCUCUGCUACAUCACAUUCGAAUCCACUUCAAAACCCUAGUCUUAACUCUCUGCAAAACCUGUUCACACCCUACCUUCACCACUCCUGCUCGUCUUUCUCCACCUCGUUCAUCAGUACAAAAACGAAGAAGAAGAAGAAACGAAAGAAGAAAGAGAGCGCGAGAACGAAACUUGUCCAACACGAAUCCAACCGUGUUCAACAUUUCGAAGAAAUCGUCCAGCGCGACGCUUUCUUUCGUUUCCUUACUAAAAGUAAAGAGUUUCUCUCCAAGCAGCCCGAACAUGUCCUCCGCCUCGAUGACGCUGGUAAGCUCUACCAUGAAUUAGGGUUCCCAAGGGGUCGAAAGGUUGUUCGAUCGAUAGAACGUCAUCCACUUAUCUUUCAGACUUAUCGCCAUACCGACGGUAAGAUGUGGUUUGGUUUCACUGAUUUAAUGGAGGACUUGCUCGAAGAGGAGAGGUCUAUUAUGAACGAAAUGGAGAAAGAUAGAGUUACUAAAGUCCGUAAGCUGCUCAUGAUGUCGGCACAGAAACGAAUUCCGCUUAGUAAGAUUUACCAUUGUCGGCUUUUAUUCGGCAUCCCGGAAGAUUUUAGAGACCGCGUUUGUAAGUAUCCAGAAUUUUUCAGGAUAGUAAUUGGGAACGAUGGCAAGCGAAUACUCGAGCUUCUGAAUUGGGAUCCCUCAUUGGCUGUGAGUGCACUCGAGCGGCAGUUUGUGGUGGAUGAGGAUCGCGUGAAAAAGGCAUUUAAAUUUCCAGUCAGCCAUGGAAAAUCGUUGGACCUGGAUGAGGAUGAUGCUAGGAAAUUGAACUUGCUUAACACACUUCCGCUUGUGUCACCCUAUUCGGAUGGUUCAAAAUUGAGCCUUUGGACAUUGGAAGCUGAGAAGUACAGGGUUGGGAUUUUGCAUGAAUUUUUGAGCUUGACAUUGGAGAAGAGGGCUUCUAUACAUCAUAUUGUUGAGUUCAAGGAGGAGCUAAGUCUUACAAAACACACUUAUCAGAUGCUUCUGAAGCAGCCCAACGCAUUUUAUCUGGCUGGUACUGAGAUGAACUGGGCUGUAUUCUUGAGAGAUGGCUACAACGAAAGUGGGGUUUUGAUUGAAAAAGACCCACAGGUUGUCUUCAAUGAGAAGCUUUAUAGAUAUGCUCUCAUGAAAGAAAUGGAAUCAUAAUAUCAAGAUGGAUUUGCUAUUUGUUAGAGAUUGACUGCUGGAAGAUAUGAUGUAGCUAAUUGAUUUGUGUAAGUCAGAGUACAUUUAGUGAAAUUUGUUCGGACACAUAUAGUUUUGUAACAAAACGGUUUUGAGCUUUAGCAAUGAAAAUACACUAAAGCAGUAUGUGGGGUCAAGAUGAAGAUUGGGUGGAUCUGAACCAGCAUUCCUGUUUACAUGGUUCAGGUAUUCUGCCUCAAUUGCUGACUUCUCCAUCCUGUUAUUAUUGGGGAAAUUGUCUCCACUUAUUUUCUGCUCUAAUAGGAACUUGCAGUCAUGCUUAUUUUUUUUAUUGCUCGAGUCAUUAAUUUAUUCGAAGGUACGUUCCUUUUCAGGAAUUAUUUUUCAA